AUGGCACCAGCACGCAGGUCCACACGCCAUACAGGCAGCAGGAGAAAAUACAUAGAUGACCCCUUUAAGGUGGCCGGCGUUAGUGAGGACUCUGACUCGGAGGAGGCAGCCAAUAAGACAGAGAGGAAAGGGAAGAGGACCGCGCGGGACGCGACAGAUUCAACAGAUGAGGAGUUCGUCGAUGCUCACGCGGAUGAUAGUGUCGAUGAGGAUGACCAUGACCAAAUCGAUGUGCCGGAAGAUGGUGAAGAAGCACUUGAAGAACCCAAUUGGGAUAAAACCGCUGGGAAACGUCGGGGAAUGGGUACAGGGCACAUCAAGAAACGACGGCCCGAUGGCACUGUUGCGCUUCCUCGCGACGAUACCCAUUCCCGGGGCACUUGGAACUUAGGGGAGUAUUCCGGGAAGGCGCUUCACCUAAAGCUUACUUUCGGGACCGAUGAGAGGGAUGUAUUAGCUAUGAUAUAUUCGCGGGACCGAUGGUGCAGGGGUAUUGACUCGACGCUUCCCACUCGCACUUCAUUAGACAAGGUCCAUAGCGCGCACGAUUACAAAUAUGGGCAGACAUUUGGCGUGGAACCAGAGGAAGUGAGGAGAGAACGCACGCAGGCUUGGGACUGGUACUACAUCCCAAGCAUUGGUGGAAAACUGAGGGAACAGCAGCGAGUUGAAAAGAUGAAGGAGGAGAGUGCUCGCAGAACUUAUAUGCCACUGCCUAAGGGAAAACAUACAGUUAUCAUUGGACCAAUCGAUGAUCAAGCAGUGUUCCAUCUGGGCCAGAAUGAAUCCGUCAACUUUGGUGAAGCUUGGAGCGAGUUGAAUUCCCAGGAAAGGAAGGGAUGUAAGCCCUCCCAUGAUAAAUCAGGCCAAGCAGCAACUUCUGCCGAAGGAAAGAGAAGGGUGCGAGAAGGAUGGAUCCUCAACAUCGGAAGCAAAGUCCAGUGCCUAGCCUGGGCUCCGAAUCAAGGAGGCCUCAUCCAGCAUCUGGCCGUGGUUGCUCCAAUCUCCGAUGAGCAAAAGAAAGCUUUCAAUACAGAAGAACCUAAAGAAGCUCCUGCAUUUAGUCCGUCACAACCAUAUCCCAGUGCCCUACAGAUAUGGACAUUUAAAGCCAGGCAAGAGGAUAGGCCCACAAAGACUCUUGACACGGACUUUAGACCUAGGUUACAACUGGCUCUAUGCACUAACUGGGGUGAUUUGAGGCGUAUUGCCUGGUGUCCAGUGGCACGGGAUUCGCGUGAGGAGGAUGACAAAGAUGCACUGAAGAAUACUGGCCUUCUAGCUGGUGUAUGGGGAGACGGGAAGGUAAGGGUGCUUGAUAUCAAGAUUAGCAGGGAUCCUGAUGCAACUGAGUUUUACGAAGUCCGUUCUCCCAUUUUUGAGGCCAGGCCGCCCUCAACAGUGUGUACGAGCGUAACUUGGCUAUCUCCAAGUGAUAUUGCCGUUGGCUGUGCCAAUGGGUAUGUUGCUGUUUGGAGUAUCCUAUCUUCAGAGCCAUCCAUACCGCCUCUUCCCUACAUCUACCAGCAGAUUCAUUCAACUUACGUCCUGAAUCUCGCGUCUGCUUAUCCAACACAUCCCCACUUGCUAGCCACUACUGCUAUGGACGGAGAGACCCGUUUGAUAUCUCUUCUUGACCCCCAAAUGGAUACAGUGGAGACAAAUCGCAUGCGAAUAGCCUCACCGUAUAUCUCAUAUUCUCCUUUUCUGCAGGCUUUCUUAUCCAGCGAUGAAAAUGACUUUGCCCGACUCCUCGCCGUACGACGGUUCUUUACGUCUACUGCGGUGGCAAAAAUCCAAAAUACGAUAUCGGCAAUGGCACCCUGCAGUACCUGGCACCCAUCGGCGCUGAUUGGAUCUGCAGAUGGUACAGUAAUCGCGACGAAUCCUGUUCGCAGGCAAUUGUACUCAAAAGAGAAACAGUAUCAACAGACUUGGUUCACCCACGAAUGGGCUCGGGGCCGAGAAGCCGGAGAUUCGGGAGCCAGCCGGUUCCAAGACGGGUUUGUAGCGGAGCCUGCCAAUCUUCUGCGGAAUCUGAUGGGUGACCGAAAACUGGUUAACAGUAUUCCAUUGAUCACUAUUUUCGAAGACGGCACACAUGUUACUGCUCUUGCGUGGAAUCCGAACCAGCUUUGCGCUGGCUGGGCGAGUGCCGGGAUGGGAUGCGGUAUUAUCCGAGUGGAGGACUUGGCUUUAUAA